AUCGCCGGGAAGCUGCUCCGUUCGAAGCUGCCGCUCCGACACAAUGCGAGCUGCAGACGCGGGAUGUUGAAUCCAGUUAUCCACCAGACCAGCGGUCCUCUUUGAGUUGCUGCAUGCGCCGACCAAACCUUCCCAGCAACAAUCCGUCUUGUGGCUACCCGACUUAAAUUCGCUCCAAAUGGCGCCGCGAAGCAAUGCGCAGUCUACGGCGGCUGAGAUCUCUCUAGUGCACCUGCAGAACUGUUUGGUAAACCUGCCUCCGUCGCUGGCAUCGCUGCUCGCAAACGUCAACACACCCGCGCAAAAUGUUGUCGUCGAGCUCAGCUACCGCGUCCCUGCCCCUGCCGGCUCUGGCAGCUCGGCCUCGACCAAGUCCAUCUAUGUCGGAUGGACCGGCAUGCCCAGCAAGCGGAGAGUUGCCCCGAUCGUCGGCAGGGACGGCAUCACCGCAGCGCGGGGCGCGCGCGACCAAGAGGUCCCCGCCGUGGAGAUGGAUGCGACGCUCGCGGCAACCAUCGGCCUGAAGGACGGACAAAAGGUCACUGCAACCAUCCAUCUCGACCCGCCCAUAGCCCACACCGUCCACAUCGAGCCCCUGACGCCCGAGGACUGGGAGAUGAUCGAGCUGCAUGGCACCUUCCUGGAGGAUAAUCUCCUGUUCCAGAUCCGCGCCGUGCCCAACCCCAGCUACGGCCCGGCGGUCGCCGCGGGCGGGGCGCACCCCCUAACGCUACACCUAUCUCAGACUUCUACUGCAAGCAUCAAGGUCCUGUCACUGGAGCCUGCGCUGCCCGGCGAUUCGCCCUUCGCCAAGAUCGCCUCCGACGCCGAGGUCAUCGUGGCGCCCAAGACGAGGCAGAAGCAGCGGAACAGCAAGGACAAUCGGAGCGUCGGCGGUACUUCGAAGAAGAGCGGCAAGAGCUCGGCAAGCACGAUCAGGAGGAAGAGCACGCGGGAGGAGAAGAAGCCGGUCCUGUUCUUCCGGGGCGUCGACAGGGAGAAUUGUCAAGAGUGGUUCGACGGGGAGGCGCCGCUUGAAGAUCUCAGCGUCUGGGUCGAUCGCGACCUGCUGUUGGGGAAGGAGCUCAAAGGGGUGCGAUGGGUGUCUGUCAGUCUUGUGCGCCCCGCCGGUCUUCAACAGCCGCUCGAUUCGGCGAACCAGCCGCAAGAAACAGACCCGGCGGCGAAGGCGUCCACCAAGGUUGUUGCCUGCCUCCAUCCAUGGGAAGAGCCGCCAGAUGGCCAAACGACCGCGCUUUCCUCGCCCCUGUGUGCCGCGCUUGGCUGCCAGGGUAUGGUUGGUGGCGUUGUCAAGAUCGAGCCGGCGCCUGUCCAGAUGCCCCGGAAGACGCCGGACCAAGAGGGGUUCUCGCGCGACUCGGUACAGAAACUCAAGAUCUACCCGUUCCAAUCAUCAAAGCCCGCUCAGUCGACCGGACUCAAGUUUGGGGGCCAAUCCAAGGCUGAGAAGGAAGAAGCUGCGAACCAAGUAAAGCACAUCUACGGGCCCGAAGGGAACGGCCUGCUGCUGGGUCCUCUCACUGAUGGCCAGAUUCUUGGAGUGCACGAUGGACUGCAAUGCCCGCGAGGCUGGGAAGGGGCCAUUGUCAGGUUCGAGCCGUCUCAUCCGGCACCCCAAAGCCCGGGGAAGAAGCCCCUGAACUGGAUCCUUGGCGCAGACUGGAAGCCCCCCCUCGUGGUACAGCCUCCCAUCCCGAAGCCUUCGUGGCUAUCCGACUUGGACGCCGACCGGGUCCCCGAUUCCCCCGAUUCGGUCCUUGUUGGCAUUGAUUCGCUGCUUGGGAAGCUCAAGUCCCACCUGUCGCACAUGUCUUCGGUGCUCCUGACGGGCGGGCAGGGCUCCGGCAAGACAUGCGUGGCGCAAUCAGUCGUGCGCGCCCUGCGGUCCUCUCAUCUCUACCACACCACCUACUUCCCCUGCACAAGGCUUGUGAACGACGAGAGCAGGAUAUCCACCGUCAAAGAGACGCUGACCCGCCUCUUCAUGGCCGCGAGUUGGGGCGCGCGGCUGGGCGGCAGAGCAGUCGUCAUCCUGGACGACCUUGAUCGCCUAUGUCCGGCCGAGACCGAGCUGCAAGUCGGCAACGAGAACGGCCGGAGCCGGCAGAUCAGCGAGGCCAUCUGCUCCAUGGUCAGGCAGUACUGUGGCCGGGACAGCAAUGUGGUUCUGCUGGCUAUCUGCCAGGGGAAGGACUCGCUGCACAGUGUCCUCGUGGGCGGCCACAUCGUCCGCGAGAUUGUCGACUUGAGCGCGCCCGACAAAGAAACCAGGCGGCGCAUUCUAGAGGCGCUUACGAAGCAGGGCUCGGUGUCCCCAGAGGAAGUGGACCCUGCGAACGAGCACAGCAGCCGCCCUACUACUGCCAACGGUAGCGCCACCGGCGAUGAAGGGGGCGGGUGGAUGGACGGCCCAAGCCGCGCGACCCGCAAGAAGUCUGCAAGCAAGGCGGCUAGUGGCUUCAUCCUUGGCGAAGACCUCGACUUUCUGGACAUUGCUGGCCAGACAGACGGCUACAUGCCCGGCGACCUGAUCCUGCUUGUCUCGCGAGCGCGCAACGAGGCACUGAGCCGACAUGUCGGGGAGUCGCCCGAUCUCGACGCCACCACUAUCCGUCUGGGCCGCACCGACUUCGACAAGGCCCUGAAAGGGUUCACGCCCGCUUCGCUGCGAAACGUCACCUUGCAGAGCUCAACAACCACCUUCGCCUCGAUCGGCGGACUCCAAGAAACCCGCCAGGUCCUCCUGGAGACGCUGCAGUACCCGACCAAAUACGCGCCCAUCUUUGCCCAGUGCCCCCUCCGCCUUCGCUCCGGUCUUCUCCUCUACGGCUACCCAGGCUGCGGCAAGACGCUCCUGGCCAGCGCGGUCGCGGGCGAAUGCGGGCUCAACUUCAUCAGCGUCAAGGGCCCCGAGAUCCUCAACAAGUACAUCGGCGCCUCCGAGAAGAGCGUCCGCGACCUCUUCGAGCGCGCCUCGGCCGCCAAGCCGUGCGUCCUCUUCUUCGACGAAUUCGACUCCAUCGCGCCCAAGCGCGGUCACGACUCUACGGGCGUCACUGACCGAGUCGUCAACCAGCUGCUCACCCAGAUGGACGGCGCCGAGGGCCUGUCGGGCGUCUACGUACUGGCGGCCACCUCCCGCCCGGACCUGAUCGACCCUGCGCUGCUCCGACCAGGCCGCCUGGACAAGUCGCUGCUCUGCGACUUCCCCACGCUCGAGGACCGGAUCGACAUCAUCCGGGCGCUCGCCCAGAAGGUGAAGGUCGCCGACGAGGUCUGGGCCGACGAGGACGCCGUGCUCGAGCUGGGCCGCCGCACCGAGGGCUUCUCGGGCGCGGACCUGCAGGCGCUCGUGUCUAACGCCCAGCUGGAGGCUAUUCACGAUGUGCUCAAUGACCGCGAACAAACCACCACUAACUCCGGCAGCACUACUCGUCGUGGUGGUGCGAACAAGAGAGCCACCACUGCCGCUUCUUCCUCGUCGUCGGCUAGGAGUUUCGUUCAGUUCCGCUACAGCGAAGACGCGGCCGAUUCCACGUCGGCAGCCUCCUCCUCGGCCCCGCGGACCCGCGCCACCGAACUCGCUGAACAAGCCGCCAUCGCCGCUAAGCUGGAAAGCAUCAAGCUCGCCCGAAAAAGGGAGCGGGAGCGGGCCAGGCAGUUCUCUUCACACAAAUCGUCCCACGCCAAUGGGGAGGAGGGGGUAGACGGGGUUCCUGAUGGGAAUACUAAUAAUAAUAAUGGUGGUGGUAGUGGUGGUGGUAGUGGUGGUGGUAGUAAUACAGAGGUAGUCAUCCGCUGGGAGCAUUUGGUUAAAGCGCUCGAGGGGACGAGGGCGAGUAUCAGCGCCGAGGAGCGGGCGAGGCUGGAGAGGAUCUACAGGGAGUUUGUCGUUGGCCGCAGCGGGGAGAUGAGGGAUGGCCAGGGCAGUAUGGAGGUUGGUGGUCGGAGUAGUCUUAUGUAGUUGUUAUCGAGGAGAGUGACCUGGUAGGUACAACUGAACAGGAAUUCACUUGGAUGGUUGUUUUAAGAAGAUUUGAAACGGUGGAUGUGGUGUGGUACCCCUUGUGAUCAUACUUCUGUACCUGUAGGCAAGGUGUUGAUCGUUCCGUUUCAGCCGCGUCUCGUACGCAG